GAAGCAAUCUCCAUGGUACGCUACCGAAGAGAGAAGGGAGUAAUGGCUGUGAUUUCUGUUACAAUUUACUUAGUAUUUCUCACAACUACCACUUGGGCAUUGUGCCAGCCUAACCAAUAUUCAACUCGAUUGACCUCAGGUAAAGAAAUCUGCUGCUUUUAUUGUGCUGCAGGUAAGACUAAACAUUUUUUAUAAUUAUAUAGUACAAGUAUAUAUCUCUGUUUUGUUGAAAUAAAUUGUGAUAUUUUAUUUUUCUACACAAAUAGUGCUAAUAACGGUACAUGCCUUACAAUGAUUUACUUAAAGAACUUACACUAAUAUGGAAUGUCCUGUUUUAUUUAGUCAGAAUGAUUCUAAAAUAUCACACUUUUAUUAUUUUGACAGGAAAUGGAAAUAGCUUCUUUAAUGACUACAUUGUCGUAACUGCAUAGCCUUUGUUCUUUCAAUGGAUAAGUUGUUGCUAAAAUAAAGCAGUUAGCAUAAUUUUCUUUUUUUUUUUUACAUUUUUUUUUUUUACAUUUACCAACAAACUUAGUACAAACUAUACUCAAUUUAAUAUUUUAAUGUGUGUAAACCAGGAAAUAAAAUGUUUAGAAUUGUUUAAAAUUUUUAUUAUUUUUUUCCUAAUGACGCUUGUAAACUCAUAAUGAAAAAAUCUGAUAUUUUCCAGGCCAAAAUUGAUAAAUGUUGUCAUUUUUUAAUGUCAAAAAUGUAUGAAAUGUAUGAAUACAUUUGGUAUUUUUUAUUUUAGAAGAAAAUUAUAUAUUUAUUGAGAUAUUUGAAGGGGAACUUUCACUCUGGAAUUUACACAAUUAAAUAAAACACUAAAAAGGAUCUAUAAUUCACGAUCACCAUUUUCUUUUCCAUAAAAGGCUCUUUUUUUUCAUUUGUAUUAAAGAUUUAGCAAAUGACUUCAUAAUCCAGUUCAGAAAAGGCAAAACCAGGGCAAACAUUGCAAAUGAAAAGGACAAAGAGAAACAUUGUUUAAUUUCUCCUCUUAUCUACGUACUUUCUCCAACCUGGUGCAAAGAACAGAACUUGCCAAUGAUUGACAGGUAGCUUAGGUGGAGCCACCUAACUGCACAAUUAAAUAUUGAGAUUUCUUCUUUUCAUUUUUAUAUUCACACCUCACAAAUGUGUAUUGGUUAAAUAUAGGGAUCAGUAAAAAUAAUAUUAAAAACCUGGAAAGUGAAAGUUUAAAAGUGACUUUUCUACUGUUUGUCAGUCAGUAAAAACAUGAACAUACCCUUAAUGCUAGCAAUUUAUAUCCUAAAAAAGUGGAUCAGUUUUAAGUUUAAAAAAAAAAAAAAAUUAUUCUUUAUUUAAACUACCUAUAACUUCAGCUGGAGUUGUUUAAUUCAGUAAGAUUUAAAGUUUUUCUGAAAACAAAGAAAGGGGAACUGUUAUUUUGUUUGUGUCUUUUCACAAAAAUUGUGAAAACCACUUUGUUUAAAGGUCAGCCACCAAGGUCUUCCUGCUGGUUCUCUUGAGCUCCUGGUGCUUUAUCUACCAGGAGUCCACAUCAGUGCUGUACUCUCGCUCAUGCAUUGAGGUCUGCUGAUGAUCCCACAAGACUGCGGAAGACUCCAUAGAUAUUGUCUCACGAUGAGACAAAACUUGACAAAGGUAGCUCCUCAUUUUGUCAAAUUAUGUCAAUUGGUUACCGUUAAACCAUACCUGCUAACUGAUCAAAUCAGAGGAAGACAUGACCCCUCGGUCUUAUUUUACAAAAGGGACAAUUUCAAGAAAAUGGGUCACUUUUAUAGCAUUCCUUAGUUUCACUGUCUGUUUCUACCCUCACUCAUUUUUAACUGUAGUUGUCUGCACCUGCUUUAAAAUCUAUGAGAAACAUUGGAUUGACGGAACGUAGCAAUUGCUGUGCAUGCGCCGUAGGUCUAGAUUGGACGGUAAAUGUAAAACAAAAAGGAAUUAUAUUUAAUUUUAAUAUUGGAGUGUUCCUUUAAAAUCACCAUGUGCACAAGUUAUAUAUUCGUAUUUCCCCAGCCUUCCCUAAACCUAUUGUUCCCUUCCAUUUUCUUGUUCUGAAAAAAAAGGGGGUUCUAUAACAGAAAACCAAAGAAAGCAUGUGAUGUCCUGGGCAUUCUGGACCUUGUGAAUGAUGACAUUAAAGAACUAUUAUGAUGGAAACCUCCUUACCUAGUCCUUCUCACGAAAAGGUUACUCUAUUGAGUAAUAUAUACCAGAAUCAACCAAGAAUCUAAAAGAGUAUCAUUAGGGAGAAACUGUGCAGUGCUUUAGGUAGAAAUAGGAAGUGGUGAUUAAAUUACGUUUCUACAAGAACUUACAAGCUGUUUUGACAUAUUUAUUCUUAUUUAUGCCACUAUAUAAAUCACGAAGAUAAAAACAUAAGUUGGCCUCUUGCUAUAACAUUGGGGUGGUGUUCCAUCUAAGCACUUUAUUUAGAACUCAGAGAGAAAGAGAGAGUGUUGCCUGGUUGGUAUAUCGGGGAACUAACUUGUCACUUUGGUGAAUAUUUAAAGGACCAAUACAGUGCCAGGAAAACAUACUAGUUUUCCUGGCACUAUAGUGCCUUGAGGGUGCCCCCACCCUCAGGGAUCCACUCCCGCCGGGCUGGAUGGAGGGGAAGGGGUUAAACACGUAUCUGUUUUCCCCCGCCGGGCUCCCUCAGUGCUGGAGACUCUCCUCCUCCUUUCCCGUCAUCGGCUGAAUGCGCAUGCGCAGCAAGAGCCGCGUGCGCAUUCAGCUAGUCUCAUAGGAAAGCAUUCGCAAUGAUUUCCUAUGGACGCUGGCGUCUUCUCACUGUGAAAAUCACAGUGAGAAGCACCCAGGCGCCUCAAUGAGACAGCCACUAGAGGCUGGAUUAACCCUAGGCAGAAAGGGUUAAUCCUAGGUGGACCUGGCACCCAGACCACUUCAUUAAGCUGAAGUGGUCUGCGUGCCUAUAGUGGUCCUUUAAGGUGCACUACGCUACAGCUUACACUUUGGGGGGUCUUGACAGAGGGGGAAGCUAUAGUGCCAAGAAAACUUUCUUUCUUUAAUACCCAAAUCAAAUACAAAUGUUUUAUCUGUAUGUAUUUUAGAGUAUAAUAUCUAGUCUAUAAAUCUUCACUCACCGUCAUUUAUACUCUAGUUUUGAUUACCAGCAAGCAGAGGAACACAUUUAUCUGCCAGAAGCACCUAGUCACUGAUAUAAUGUAUAAUGCUUGCAAACUUGCUUAAAAUGUAAGCUCAUUCCCUGAUUUUAAACAAUACAGGGGUUUCUAAUGGGUCAUAUCAUUCCUAUAGUCUGGAACUAUAAAUACCUUUUUUUUUAUUUUUUAUUAUAUGGUUUAGCUGUAUUAACUGUAUGUUGGCAUUAUGCUUAAAUGCAGAAAUUAUUUUACAAUCUCUUGCUAUAUUUAGCAAGCUGUACUGCUAGUAAAGUCUUCAGUGUGAUUGCAAAUACCUAUAAGCAAGGUAUGUUAGAAUUUUCUAUCUAUUUUGUCACAUCUACUGUAUGUGAAAAAAAUGUAAUUUCCUGCUUUUAUACGCUGUCUGAAGUAUUGCAAGAUAAAGGACACUGUAUACUAUCUAAAGCAUUUAAUUUGCUAAAUAUUUUUAUGAAGGAUGAAUGAAUAAAUGAAUCAUAAAAAUUGUGUAAAUGUACAUAAUUUAAAUUCUUAUGUUUGCCUACAAACAAAAUUGCUGUAUUAAUAUUUGUUUGCAUGCUAGCUACACAUACCUUGCUUCAAAUAAAUCUUAUGCUAAUAUUUUCCAAUCACGUAGUGAAGGGAUUAAAGGGACACUGUAGGCACCCAGACCACUUCAGCUCAUUGAAGUGGUCUGGGUGCAAACUCCCAUCACCCUUAACACUGAGCUUGUAAUUAUUGCAGUUUUUAUAAGCUGCAAUAAUUACCUGCUAGGGUUAACUCCUCCUCUAGUGGCUGUCUGCCAGACAGCCACUAGAGGGACUUCCGGGUGGAUAGGUGACUUUUGGUCGACUAAACGACGCUGGACGUCCUCACGCUAUGCAUGAGAACUUCCAGCGUCUCCAGAAUCCCCAUAGGAAAGCCGGUGGGGGAGAAGAGUGACCCCCUUCUACACUUUGGGGGGUCUUGACAGAGGGGGAAGCUAUAGUGCCAAGAAAACAAGCUUGUUUUCCUGGCACUAUAGUUUCCCUUUAAUGUAGCAGUUCUGUUUGUAUUCCUAAUGCUUCAGUGUUCCUUUAAUAAACAUUAUCUAGGAACAGGGCAUUACAUUUCCAGAACCUGAGCAUUCUGUUUACCGAACAUUCUAUACCUUUUCUCGAUUUUCAUUUGUGUGCAAAAGAAUAUCAUAACGCUAAUAUAGAUUUCUUACAGGAAACAGGUACAAUUUCAAAACCACCUACACCUUUUAACCACAAUGAAAUCAUGCAGUGUGUUGAGGUCUUUACAAAUCCAACGUGGUGAGAACGCACAGCAGACUGUGUGGGAGUAGAUUAAAGUGCCGACUACUCCGCUCACAUACUGUAUUGAAUUUUUUUGUUUUUUUUAACUUAGUGUAUGUAACAUGUCACUUAUGCCCAACCAUCACACAGAUUUGGAAAACUAAAACUUUCUUUCCUUUUCCUUUCUUCUUUGUUUAUUGAGAAGAUAAUUAUAAUGUAUUGUACAAGAAAUGGUGAUGUUAUAGGUUAUCAGAUAUUGUAAAAAAAUAAAAAAACAUAGAUAGAAAAUAAAAUUAAAAUAAAAGCUUCCAUUUAAAUACAUAAAGGGAAUCAACACAGUAAAGGAGGAGACCAUAUUUAAAAGAAGAAAAACUACCAGAACAAGAGGACAUAGUCUUAAAUUAGAGGGACAAAGGUUUAAAAAUAAUAUCAGGAAGUAUUACUUUACUGAGAGGGUAGUGGAUGCAUGGAAUAGCCUUCCAGCUGAAGUGGUAGAGGUUAACACAGUAAAGGAGUUUAAGCAUGCGUGGGAUAGGCAUAAGGUUAUCCUAACUAUAAGAUAAGGCUAGGGACUAAUGAAAGUAUUUAGAAAAUUGGGCAGACUAGAUGGGCCGAAUGGUUCUUAUCUGCCGUCACAUUCUAUGUUCUAUGUAUCAGCUAAUCCAUUACUUUUGGUGUUUUUCUCUAAAUAGAGAAUUUAAUGUAAAUUGAAAAUGAAUUUCAAUAUUUGGGCUAAAAUAGACAAGAAAAAUUAUCCAAGACAGUUCUGCUUUUAAUUUAGCCUUUUUUUGCUUAAAUUUGUAAUUACCUUUCAUUUCACAUUGAAUUCACAUGUAUUCUCUCUUUACUGAAUAACCCUAGUAGGUAAAAAAAAAAUAUUUUUGUUGAGUGUACAUUCAAGAGUGACAUACAGAGGUAUAACAUUACCAAUACAAGGCGAUACAGUGUAUACAAUUGUACAAUAAGGAGAGCAUGCCAUAGAAAUAAAGGUCUAUUCUCAACUUUCUACAUUAUGCAUUAACAGUCCUGACAUUUAUUUGGACAGCUUUCUGGAGAGAUUAUGAGUAAACGUUUAGGCUCUGAGCCACCUCAAAUAGGUCCUGUAACACACAGAUCAAAAUGAAUUCGUCCUGACGUGUUCGGUCUCAUUCAACACAGUGGCUGAUAUAACAACCGUUUAAAAAAAAAAAAAGUAUUUUCCAGUAUAAAAACUGGACUAGGACGAGUGUAGUGAGAGAGAAGUGAAGAAAGAAAAUAGAGAGAUGAGAUAGAAGAAGGUAAGCGUCCAAGGUGGUGAACGGUGGUAGCCCUAGCGAUCUCUAUGGGCUUGUCGAGUAUGUAUGGGGGCUGGAACUCGAGGGGGGGAGUUAAUAGGAUACAUUUUAAUAGACAAAUGGUGACUGGAAGAACAUUGGUAAGAGCUGUAUAUGGUCUGAUAAAAAUCUGCAAAAUCAAGAUGUCACAUUUUUGUUGAAAGUUGCUCUUAUAUUAACCCGAGCAAACAUUACUGAAAUAUUUAGUGGAGUAUGGUGUACUAUGGAGGUAUAUAUAAAUAACUAUAUCUACUGUACAUUUCUCUAUGCUGGCUAUUCCUAUUUUACUGACAUGUCUUACUCUUGCACGCAAGUUGAUCACCAUUUUACCAUAACCCCUUGUGUGCGUGCAUUCACAGGCAAAGCAUAAAGAGCCAUGAGAUAAUUUGUAUCUGCUGUGGACACCAAUCUGUGCCAGCACAGUUUUGCAUAUUAAUAUUUUUCUAGAAAAAUAAUACCCCCACCCCACAGAAAAUGUUUUUUUUUUGUCAGAAAACAUUUUACGAAAUUAUACUAGAUUGUACGCAUGGACAGCAAUGUGAGAGCACCAACAGGUUGAGAAAAUGUGUUGCUGUAGCAAAAGGAAACCCUUCCUAAAAUGUUUAGGAUAGAUGGACGGACGUAUGGACGUAUGGAUAUGUUUUCAGUCAAAAUAGUGCUAACCCCAUGAAGUUAUGAAUAGAAUUACCUAACUCUGUCGUAAAGGUGUAAUAUUCCAUUAUGACUUUUGGAGGACUGAAUCUAUAACCAUAUCUUUCCCAAACCUCUUCCAAGCAAAUGGGUAGAAUAUCUGUGAUGUAUAAGAAAAGUAUGUGAUGUAAAAGAAACUCACUCAGUAGUUAUGAUUUUUUUGUAGGAAAUACUGUCUCAAACCACAACUUCACAAAAAUUAUUUUACGCAUUAGUCACCACAGGGAACAUUUUAUUUUAGCUCUCAGAUAUGCAGUGUAGGUUCCAUUUCCUCUUUUUAAAAACCUAAAUGUUUCCAUUCUGUGGAAAAAUAACAAAUGUUUUGAAUUUCACCCUUGCCUACAAUAAGGUAUAGCGUUACAUUAAGAUUAAGAUCAGGCGAGAUACUGACGAUUAUGUUGGGCCUAAUUGCAGACUAUUAUGGACAGAAAACAUUAAAACAGCCAUACCUCCAAACGUGUCUUGCAUCUGGAGGAAGGGGUUUUGGAGAGGCACUUACAAGAUGCGUUUUAAGACCACACAUACCCUAUGUCAUGGAUGGGCAUCCUUCGCCACUUUUGAUGUUGUGAACUACAUCUCCCCUGAUGCUUUGCAAGCACUAUGGUUUGAGAUUGUAGUCUACAACAUUUGGAGUGCCAAUGGUUGCCUACCCUUGCGCUACACUCAGAAUGCACACACAUUCUAGGAAUUGUGGGGCGCUUCGCACAUUAUUUGGUGGUGGGGCAGUUGUUUUUACUGCAGUGUCAAAAUACUAUCAAUUAACUAUACGUGGCAUGCAGUGAAAUAUAAGAACAACAAAAGGUUACACUUAAAGUCAAGGCUCAAAAUUUAAAGUCUGAGCUAUUAGGCAGGUUUUAAAGUUACAGGUCACAAUAAGCACUAUAGGUCCACGGCACACUCACUAUGGGCGAAUUUCUACACAUACUCUAUGUUACAGGUAGGCAACCUUCGGCACUCCAGAUGUCCUUGUAGGCUUCAUCUCCCCUGAUGCUUAGCCAGUGUCAUGGAUAUGAGAGCAUUAUGGGAGAUGUAGUUCACAACAUCUGGAGUGCCAUGGCUGGAACAUGACUCCAAUAAAACAGCCUUUAUAAUCCACAACAAUUGCCUUAAUCGUAAUGCACAGUCAGUGACGAUCUCUCUCUUUUCCGUUUUUCUUCCUGCUUUUUGUCCCUGUAAUAUCUCUUUCUCGCACUUAUCCACUACUGUUUGUUUAUUUAUUUUUUGCUUUCUAUAAUAAUUGUUAAAACUGGCAAGAUAGAGAUGCUGAAUACAUUAACCUUGAUGUAACAAGUGAUAUUUUCUGGUAUGUCUCCCUGUACCAAAAAACAAACAAAAAAACAAACAAAACUUCCUACAUGAUUUAUCUACAAAAGUCACCAUUAAAGUCUAGGGGAAUUUUUGUAAAUCAACCAUUUGAAACGUUUUUCUUUUUUUUUUUGAAAUUCUUUAUUUUUGCGUGCAUGUGAGCAAAGCAUUAUUCAACAGUUCACCUGCCACAACAGCUGGUGUCUACUUUUGUUUAAGCAUUCAAAAACAUUUUGGCAAGAGUCUAUGCACAUAUAAUUUUUGUGUAACAAGUGAGUCGUUGUGAAGGUAAGUGGUACCAGUCGCGUCUGUUAUAGGGUAGGGGUCCUUCACUCCAGUCUCCUCGGCUGGGUUGUGUUGGCUCAUGUUAAGUGUCCAUUAGUGUGUCAGGUUAAGGUAUGUAAUGUUAGUCGUUGGUCUACUAUUGUGUUGCAGUCUAGUUAGGGGAGAGGGGGGGUGAGUCCUCCGGGUCCCGGUGGGUACUGUGACCGCGUGACCUAUUGGGGAUGGUAGAGACCCUUGCUGGUUAGGUUUUUGCACUGUGGUGUAUAUUGCGUGCGCCUAAAUUACCCCUUGACAUGGGGGGGGGGGGAGGUUGUCAGUCAGAUAGUAGGCUGUCGGGAUCUAGUCUGGGCCUCUGCUUGCCUGUCAGUGGUUAUGGUCUGAUGUGGGGGGUGUUUUUAGAGUCCCUCGUGGUGAUGUGGAUUGGUGAUGUAUGGGGGAAUGUCUCAAAAGUCUUUUGGAGGUCUUCGGGUCUGGUUCAAGUCGUGGCCACUGCGUAUUGUUCCGCUUGAGGCCUCCUCGGCACGAACUCCGGUGCACUGACUGCAUCCUGCCCAAGGGGGCAUGUGGUUCUCGCCGGUGGUCCCGCUGGUAGGAGGGCAUUCAGGGGGAGACCCAGAGUGCCCAGGACCCUCGUGGCUUCAUGCACGUUGCUUACAGUAUGUGGCGUGUCUCCCCUCAUGAUGUGUAGGAUGUGAGCUGGGCCCCAGCGGUACCUGAUUUGGUUGACUCGUAGCACUGCAGUGAAUUGUUGUAGAGAUCUUCGCCACGCUAAUGUUCUGCUUGAGAGGUCUGGGAAGAAUGACAGGGUCAUGUUUUCAAAGAGGUAUGCCGACUGCUCCCUGGUGGCCGCUAGGACUGCAGUUUUGUCCCUCAGGCUUUUAGAAUUGGAGCACUAUAUCCCUAGAUGCACUAGGCGGUGCCCUGGUCGGUCUCGGCAGGCGAAAUAUGCUGUCUAGCGUAAUCGCCGUGGCGGUUUUCAGAGUCAAGAGUGCGGUGAGGAGCCGCCUGGUAAAGUGUGGGAGCUCUGCUUCAGGAACUGAGCCAGCCACCCCCCUAACCUUUAGGUUUUUGUAGCGUCUUUUGUCUUCCUGUAAAGAGAAUCGCUGAUCGUGUAGUUGGUUCUGUUUUUGCAGUGCACUGAUUGCAGCUUGGAGCUCAGUUAUUUGAGUGGUAUGUGUUGUGGAGAUUCCCUCCACUGCCUGGAGUCGUCCUGUCAAAUUUUUCAAGUCAUCUCUUAUCAUAGCCACAUCGGCUGCGAUUUUCCUAUGGUGCUCAGCCAUGAGGUCUCCUAUGGCUUCCAUAGUUACCGGUUUGGGGUCAGUCACGGGUGGACCGGCUGUUUUAAUGUUGGGGCCGGUGAUGGGUCUCCCUCCGUGUCGUCCGAGGACCCCUCGUAGAAGUCCGAGCAGCCGCCAUGCAGGGACGCCAUCUUGGAGCCCGUGGCCUCAUGGGCCUGCCGCCAGAGGUUUCCGAUAUCCAUGCCGGGUCGGGGCUUGUCCGGCUUUUGUUUUUUCAUUUUUCUCCCCAUAUGGUCCGGGGGGGUUCUGGGCUCACUGUGCGGUGGUUUCCGCCGGUGCCCAGGUGUGGAAAGGGUGAGUUUUUCUGUAGUUUAGUCCGUAGCUCCUCCACCAUGCGUCCGUCUGCUUCCCUGGCUUAGCUCCGCCCCUGGAACGUUUUUCUAACAGUAUUGAAUCAUUUGGAAAGUUUAUUAGAUUAGGGCCUAUAUUCAUUAAAAAUAAUAAAAAAAUAAUAAAAUCGUCAAGAUGGAAAAAUUCUAUUAGCAGGUUGGUUUGGACAUUUACCAAAAUGACUAUUUUAUUCUAAACCAUGUACUGUUCAGUGAAUAAACAAUUUAGUGUUAUAUAAAGAUAUUAAAGGGACACAACUAAAGCUUGUUGAAUUUGUUCUGGUGAGUAGAAUCAUUACCUUCAGGCUUUUGCUGUAAACACUGUCUUUUCAGAGAAAAUGCAGUGUUUACACUACAGCCUAGUGAUAACUGGCCACUCCUUUUGUGGUUGUUAGAGAUCCUUCCUGGGUCAUGGCUGCCUAAAAUGCCUCCAAACAUUCAGUAUCUCCUCCCUCUGCAUGUAGACACUGAACGUUCCUCAUAGAGAUUCAUUGAUUCAAUUAAUCUCUAUGAGGAGAUGCUGAUUGGCCAGGGCUGUGUUUGAAUUGUGCUGGCUCUGCCCCUGAUCUGCCUCUUUGUCAGUCUCAGCCAAUCCUAUGGGGUAGCACUGUGAUUGGAUCAAGCUACCACUUCUGAUGAUGUCAGCAGACAGUAGGCAGGUCUAAAGGAAACAGGGACAAAAUAAGCAGCUGCAGACUUGAAUACAGUAAGAUUUUAGUAUAUUUAGGGAGGCAUGAGGGGACCAGGGUGGCUAUAUUGUGGUUUUAACCCUAUAGGGUCAGGAAUACAUGUUUGUGUUCCUGACCCUAUAGUGCUCCUUUAAUAUAUAUUUUUGUUAACAUUGGUGGCAUUUUGAAAUUAAUAAAUAUAUAUCUUUACCUUCUUUAGGUGAGGCUGUUAAACAGCCCUGCAAAAGUAACAACUCAAAUUCAAUCUGUGUCACGUGUCCAGAAGGAUAUUACAACCGAGAAAAAACUAAAAGCGAGUGUUCACCGUGCUUCUACUGUAACACCAGUAAGUUAGUACUUUACAAAAUGUGGUUUAUAUAUUUAAUUUAGCAAUAAUCUGUAGAUCAAAUGUAAUCGUGGUAAAGCGAGAUGCUAGCACCCUUUGACUCACUUCCUAUACUCCUCCCAUUCUGGUGUCAUAAAUCUCCACUUGUCUUUUUUUUUAAUAUAUAUAUAAAUUUUCAUUGAGUUUUUGCAUUACAAAAUGAAUAGACAAGUUUCUAUUCACACUGAGAUGGACCAAAAAGUACCUUGAGACUCAAGAUUGAACUCUGACAAUUUCAAAAUGUUAAGGCAUCAAUGAACAUUGAAAAUGCACUUUAACACACAAUAGCAUGUGUAAGCUCUCAGUUCUUACUUAAAUGUAAUUAUUUUGGAUAAGCUUUUGGAAUGAUCACAAUCUGUUAAAAUAAUAAUUUUUCAAAUAUUAACCACUGGGGGCCUGGGAGUACCCAAUGGACCCAUCUACCACAAAACAGCCCAGUUGUCAACAGUAGUAUGGGAAUCCACAGAGAUGCCGUCACAACACCUUCUCCACCAACAGAUCACGUUUCACCAGCCCCAAUUGAGAAACAGAGCUUUGGCCUUGAGAAAACGUUGGGAUGAUAGUUUAUUCACCUACUUGAGACAACCUCUACUCCAAUUAAACAACGAACAUUUAACCAAGACUAUGUACCGACAAACAAACAACAUACAGUAAGAAAACAUAGACAGGAACGGAAAAGGGAACCCUAAAACCUGCUAGGCACCCUGCUCUCCAAUAUAUGCUCUUAAGAGGGAUAAUUAAUAACCUGAAACCAAACGUCACACAAAUAAAACCACGCCAUUAUAGUCUCUAUAUAUUAGAUAUAUUCACAAACUCGUCUCUAAUCUAGAGGGUCCCCCUAGUCUGUUUAGCCACUCUGUAAACCCACCUGCUUUAUUGCUUGAUUGUUAUACUGUAUUAUUGCUUUACUACUCUACACACUGUUUAUUAAAGUCUACAAGGUGAUGCAGCGAUGCAAUAUGAUGGCACCAACACUCAUGACCCUAGCUACCUCAUCCUAAAAGUACUACCGAGAUAGGGCACUCGACACGAGCGAUACCAUGAAAAGGUUACCUACCCUAUUACAAUUCCCUGUUUCCAUUAAAAUCUAAGGAAUAUGACCUUUAUACACACCUGAAACAGCCCAGUGUUCACUUGAACACUGUUCGUAGAGGAUCUUUUUCCCCUAUUUCACCAAUACCACUAGCCCAGGGUUUCUAAUACCUAAUUAUUUACAAGUCACACGUCCCUAAACAUACAGUAAAUCUACAAUCCAUAAUAUGAAACUUCAUAGAAUGUCCAUAUGAGUCUUGGAAGAAGUUAACCUUCAAACAUCAUGUCAAAUUAUCAGAGUAUCCACCACCUACACCCUUAGUUUAGUCUUGUAUUUGAAUAGGCUUAAAUGUAUCCGCCCAGCACCAUAUCUUGUUGCCGUUCUACGAAUUGUACAUGUACCUGUACCUGUAUUUUGAUUGAGCCAUGAAAUGUUCCACGGUUGCCUUGUUUAUCACUGAUUACUGUUACCUGGUAAAACUCAAUAAAAAUUGUCAAAUUAAAAUUGAAAAAUAAAUAAAAUAUCAGAAAGACGAAUGAAUAGAAAAAUCAGACGAACAAACUAACACUGUGUAUCACUGUUCGUUUGUUCGUUCAGUUUAUUACAAGGAGGGAGCUACCGGCACGCAGCUCCCUCCUUGUAAUAUGUAACUAUAGAAGCGGCAGGGAGCCAGGACCCGCAUAAUAGCAUAAGGGAGAUUAAAAUCUCCCGAAUGCCCCUACUCGCUAUACCGCGAGUAGGGACAUGUCUACUAACCAGUGAGCAGCCUGUGGCUGUUCUCUCCUCCCCCCAGGACCCAACCCCAUGGGCGGUGGGUGGGGGCCAUAAUAAUAAUGAGGGGGGGACCUACUGUCCUCCGCCCCCACCCCUGGGCGACAGGUGGGGGCCAUAAUGAUAAUGGGGGGACCUACUGUCCUCCACCCAUGCCCCCACCCCUGGGUGGCGGGUGGGAGCCAUAAUGAUAAUGAGGGGGGGACCUACUGUCCUCCCCCUCCGGCCCCCACCCCUGGGUGGUGGGUGGGGGCCAUAAAGAUAAUGAAGGGGGGACCUAUUGUCCUCCGCCCCCUGGCCCCCAUCCCUGGGCGGCGGGUGGGGGCCCUAAGUCAAAUUCCCCCCCCAUCAAAGGUGACUAGGGUCCCCAAGCCCCUAGUCACCCACUCCCCACCCAAAUAAAAAGGCCCCUACCUACCCCCCUCACCCUAAAAAAUAGUGAGGGGGGAAUAAAAUUACUAACCUGUAAAGUAAAAUUAAACUUACCAUUCGACAUCUUCAUUUUUCUAAAAUCUUCAUUUUUCAGCCCCAAAAAAGGCCAAAUAAAAAACCUAGUCACCUUUGAUGGGGGUGGGGAAUUUGACUUAGGGCCCCCACCCGCCACCCAGGGGUGGGGGUCGGGGGGGAGGACAGUAGGUCCCCCCUCUCAUUAUCUUUAUGGCCUCCACCCACCGCCCAGGGGUGAGGGCCGGGGGGGAGGACAGUAGGUCCCCCCAUUAUCAUUAUGGCCCCCACCCGCCGCCUUGGGGUGGGGGGAUGGACAGUAGGUCCCCCCAUUAUCAUUUGGCCCCCACCCGCCGCCCAGGGGUGGGGUCCGAGGGGGAGGACAGUAGGUCCCUCCUCAUUAUCAUUUGGCCCCCACCCGCUGCCCAGGAGUGGGGGACUGGGGGGAGGACCGUAGGUCCCCCCUCAUUAUCAUUUGGCCCCCACCCGCCGCCCAGGGGUGGGGGCUGGGGGGGAGGACAGUAGGUCCCCCCCUCAUUAUCAUUUGGCCCCCACCCGGCACCCAGGGGUGGGGGCCGGGGGGGAGGACAGUAGGUCCCCCCAUCAUUAUCAUUAUGGCCACCACCUGCUGCCCAGGGGUGGGGGCCUGGGGGGGUGGACAGUAGGUCCCCCCCUCAUUAUCAUUAUGGCCCCCAACCGCCUCCCACGGGUGAGAGCCUGGGGGGGAGGAGAGGACAGUAGGUCCCCGUCCCCCCAUUGUAAUUUAUGGCCCCCACCCGCCACUCAGUGGUGGGGGCCGGGGGGAGGACAAUAGGUCCGCCCCCUAUUGUUAUUUAGGGCCCCCACCCGCCGCGCAGGGGUGGGGGCCGGGGGGGAGGACAGUAGGUCCCCCCAUCAUUAUCAUUAUGGCCACCACCUGCUGCCCAGGGGUGGGGGCCGGGGGGGAGGACAGUAGGUCCCCCCCAUUAUCAUUAUGGCCCCCACCCGUCGCCUUGGGGUGGGGGGAUGGACAGUAGGUCCCCCCAUUAUCAUUUGGCCCCCACCCGCCGCCCAGGGGUGGGGUCCGAGGGGGAGGACAGUAGGUCCCUCCUCAUUAUCAUUAUGGCCCCCACCCGCCUCCCACGGGUGAGAGCCUGGGGGGGAGGAGAGGACAGUAGGUCCCCGUCCCCCCCAUUGUAAUUUAUGGCCCCCACCUGCCACUCAGUGGUGGGGGCCGGGGGGAGGACAAUAGGUCCGCCCCCUAUUGUUAUUUAGGGCCCCCACCCGCCGCGCAGGGGUGGGGGCCAGAUAGUAGGGUUUUUAUUUACAGUGAGCAGCCACUGCUCACUGUUUAGUAGACAUGCCCCUACUCGGUAUAGUGAGUAGGGGCAUUCGGGAGAUUUUAAUCUCCCUUAUGCUAUUAUGGGGGUAAUAUUAACCCCCAUAGAGUGAGGCGGGGACCUGGGGGGCUUAGGAAGAGGCGGGGAGCACUGCUCCCCGCCACUUCUAUAGUUACAUAUUAUAAGGAGGAAGCUGUGUGCCGGUAGCUCUCUCCUUGUAAUAAAAUAAACAAACACUGAUACACAGUGUUAGUUUGUUCGUCUGAUUUUUCUAUUCAUUUGUCUUUCUGAUUGAUGAAUGAAUGAAUAGAGGAAAUUCCCGUUCGCAUGUCCAGGUGUUUCACUGGGCAUGUGCCGGAUUUUCACAGUCUAUCUAGUGUGGGCAGAUGACGUGUCCCACAGGGACUUCAUCUACCCACACAAAGAUGGCAGCGCCCUGAAUAAAGAUCAGGGCAGAAAAUAAAGAUUAAAAAAUAGGUAAUAUGGGGGGCUUAGGGGCAUUUGGGGGUGACUAGGGGGUCCAUUGGAUGUAGUGGAGGCGGGGGGAAAAAAACGGUUUUCGGCAUGACAGUACCGCUUUAAAGCAUUUUAAAAGUUUUUCUUCUAACAGAUGCCAAUAAUUUCUGAUGCUGAGUCAAACAAAUAAUAUCUAGACUAAAAGCUUAUCCAAAAGAACUAAAUUGAGGCCCAGAUUCACUAACAGGUUCAUUUUGUCCACCACCCAAUAUUACACUGGCCUUAUUGAAACUAGUUUGCUUGUUUUAAUAGUAUUGCUUUAUUUGUCUAAUAACGCUCUGUAAUAUGUAUUCUGUGUUAAUGGUAAUAAUCUAAAUUUAUUUUAUGAUCUGUAGAACUGGGAAGCAUUGAAAAGAAGGCAUGUACCAAAAGUGCCCAGGCUGAGUGCAUCUGUCCGAACGGGAGCAUCUCAAAAAAUGAAAGGCACACUGCGUGUGAAUGUCCGAAAGGAAAGCAAAUAGUGAAAGAAGGCAAGGUUUAAUUCUACUAAGAUCAUAGGCGUGCUCAGCCUAGUGUAUAAGGGUGUGCACCCUAAAGCAAAAACACACACGCUGCGUAUAUAUAUUUAUUUAUAUAUAUAUAUAUAUAUAUACAUACACACACACUGCUGUAGGUGCUGUGUGUGUGUAGGUGCUGUGUGUGAAGGCGCUGUGUGUUUGCAGGCGCUGUGUGUGAAGGCGCUGUGUGUGUGUGUGUGUGUGUGAAGGUGCUGUGUGUGUAAGGGUGCUGUUAGUGUGUGCUUUGUGUGUGUGGGUGAGUGUGCUGUGUGUGUAAGGGUGCUGUGUGUGUGAGGGUGAUGUUAGUGUGUGUAUGUAUAAGUGUGUUGUGUGGGUAAGGGUGCUGUUAGUGUGUGCUGUGUGUGUGUAAGGGUGCUGUGUGUGUAAGGGCGCUGUUAGUGUGUGCAUGUGUGAGGGUGUUAGUGUAAGGGUGUUGUUAGUAUGUGCUGACCCUGGUGGUCCAGUGGAGAGUGAACUCUAGCUCCUUAUGGGGCUAGAGUUCACUCUCGUGAGAUCUGAGCGUUGCUGCGGUAACCGCGGCAUAUCUGCAACCGCGCAAGAGGAACCCGGCGGAGCUGCUGGCAAGAGCUUCCCGGGUCCUCUCCUGCCUCUCCUGCCUCCCUCCCUCCCUGCCUGUGGGUCGUGAUAUUUGAUCUUCCUCACCGGCCCACGGAGGGAGGCACAUAGUGUGUGCCGCGGGGAUUAGGGUGUGGCUAGGCACACCCAGCACAUCCCGUGCGCACACGCCUAUGACUAAGAUGUUACCAUUAUAUGAAACUUGAGUAGAGGAAAAAAGCUAAUUUAUAGCUGAUAUAUUAAACUGCACAUUAUGCUGUACUGGAAUGGACUAACAAAUAGACAGACAGACAGACUGAAAGAUCGAUAUGAACAGAAGGGCUGGUAGAUAGAUAAGUAGACAGAUGGACGGAUGGCGGGCGGAUAGAUAGAUAGAUAGAUAGAUAGAGAUAAGAAUGGCAAGCAUUCCAUGCAAGUUUAGCAUAUUUAGUAUUAUGACUAUAAAUUGGUUGGAUGUAAGCAUUGAUACAAGCAUUGAUGUACACCAUACACUUAAAAAGAACUUAAAAAAUGUAAGUACUUACAUGUCUCUUUCUAUAUUUCAGAAUGCGUACAAUGCCCAGUAGGACAUUUCUCAGACAAAGAGAACAGUAUUUGCCGGCCAUGGACAAAGUAAGUGGGAGAUGAAACAUAUUGCGUUCUUUCAUCUUUAAAAAGUUCUAUAAAUGGGUUUAUUUUCUCAGUCUAAGUGAUAACUGAAGUUAUAUUACAGAAAAAUAUAAUAAUAAAAUAUAAUAUAAAGUGUCUUUUUGCUCUUAGGAUAACACAAAGUUUCUUAGUGAUUUUCAAUGUUUUAUUUGAUGGCAUAAUAUCCAGAAAUAUAGAUUCCAUUAAACAAACUCUCUAAGCAUCAUAAGCACUACAGCAUGCUGUUUGGUAACAGUUUGACUUCUGACUUGGAAUCUGCCGGUCACUGACAUUCCAACCCAUUCAGAUUAGUAAAACCUACCUUUAGCUGCUUCUACCUGGCUACAAGAUUACAAGUAGCUACGCCAUGUGGUUUUUAAAACAUUUUUUAAUUCUUUAUUUUUCUUGCGCAGGUGGGUACAAAGACAUUAACAAACGCCACAACAGCGUACACGUGCAUAUAAACAGGCUAAACAGUGGCAUUGAUUUGUGCACAUUUUUUUAUUUUUGAGUACAGGCUUUUGUCAAGCGCCACAACUGCGUUCAUAUAUAUGCAUACAGGCUUAACAUUGGUGUGAGUGUGCAUAAACAAACUAAAUAAUAACAUGCUGAACAUAAAUGAUGAAUUACUGCAUUGCUGUAGAUUACUGCUGUAUAGGCACCCAGACCACUUAGCUCAAUUAAGUGGUCUGAGUGCCAAGUGCCUCAGGUUUUAACCCUUCAGAUGCAAACAUAGCAGUUUCAGAGAAGUUUCCAGCGCCGAGGGAGCCCAGCGCUAGAUUAAGGUAAGCUGCUGAAGGGGUUUUAACCCCUUCAGCGCCACGGGAGGGGGACCCUGAGGAUGGGGGCAUCUUCUUUAGUUUUCAAAAUAAAAAUAAUAAUAAGGAGUUUAGUUCCAUAAUUGUACAGUUUCUGUACCUUGUUCCAUAAAUGUUGCUGAAUAUGAAUUUAAGACUUUUGAUUUUCCAAGACCCGUAGUUUAGCUAUUAACUCUCUACAGGAGUAAGUUGACAAAACAUUAACACAAGAACGAGUCAACUCCAUCUUGGAAUGCCUUUAAAAAAAAAUAGUAAAUGUUUUAUUUUAUUUUUUUUUCAUUCUAGAUAUAGAAACGUUUAAAAAAAAUUUCAAUUAUGAAGGUUCUUUAAGGUAUAUCAUUGAGUGGCACUAAUGUAUAGAGAAAGAGCUCUAUCCACCUGUAUUUAUAUAUGCAAGAGUUUCCACAUGUAUUCCUCUGACGUAAUGUGCUGGUUUCAGCAAUUAAACGUACAGUCAGCCUAAUGUGUUGAUGUCUGUUAAAGGCUUAGAUCUGAACAAUAUAUAUAUUAUCAACUGAGGAAGGUUCACAACUGUGAACUGAAAUGUUGACUACUUGGAUUAAAUGCCUAUUUUUUCACGUUGAAUUCCUUGAGUGCUGGCUUUCUUUUUGGAGACAAUAUAUAUAUUAUAUAUACAUUUCAUAUACAACUUAAUAUGUCCACGAAACGAAAUUAUUGACUGGUAGCAAUAAAUAAAUUUCCUCCGUAUUCAGAAAUACAGGUUUUGGAUCUUUGUUUAUAUAAAAAUGUUGAAAGUAAAACAUCUAAAUAAAUACAUUUAUAUUAUACAAAUUUAAUUUAAAAACAGAAUGCAAUAUUUAUGUAUUUGAUUACAUAUUGUCCUUACAAAAAAAUGCCUCUUCUCCAUUUUUUGCUAAAAGUGAAAAAAAACAUGGUAAAUAUUAGUGUUUAUUAAAAACCCCUGAUUUAUUACAAAAUAUAUGUUUUAAUCCCUGGGAUUUAUGAAUGAUGUUCAUGGUUCCUCUUGCUUAUCCCUCUCCUAUGACAGCUGCAGUGCUAGAGGUGACGUUGUCCAGGUAGCUGGUUCUAGCACAUCAGACGUGAUAUGUUCUAAAACAAAGAUCCAACCUGAACCUGUAACAACAAAAUUUUCCAACCUACAAACCAGCAGAAUAUUUCUCAAUAACCUCAAAACCAUCUCUGCUAAUCAACAUACUGUCACCAGGGAAGAUAAAAAAAAUAACGAUGUCUACAACAAUAAUAAUACAGGUUCCGGAAACUUGAUGACCUGGGGUGAGUUGUGGAACUUUGAUAAGGAUUAAUCAAUGACUUGGCCAUCAGAUUGCAAUGAUUUUAGUUCGACAUAGUCAGCUUUUGGCCAGGUGACAGCCACUGGAUAGUAUCUCCCUAAAUGGUGUCAGUUCUGUUCUUCAUAAAAAUGCUUGAGUUCAAACAUUUCCUGAUAUAAUUGAUGAGUCCGAAAUAACUUUUCAGUUCUGCUGCCUCUAAGUUGAAAUGGAGACAUACGGAGUCCAUCUCUUUGACUCUGCUUUGAAUGUUCUAGGUCUAGUCUGUGUCUGCAAUUUGAGACGCACUGGUCUUAAUUUCUUUACUGAAACAAAAAAUUUAAUUGAUCAUUUGUUAUAUCAGCUGUAAUAUUUUGCUUUGAAAAAAUAGAAUUUAAGGAUAAUGACUCUGCAUCUCAUUAAUAUUGUCUACAUCUAUGUAUAUGUCCACAUUUUGCAAAAUCAGUUUUUAAUUAACAACAGAUCCCUGUUUGGUAGAGAAACGGCAAUUGAGGCAGAGAAUAAAUAAAUAUCCCAUAUGAAUGAGUAGUCCUGUUCUUGUCAAUGACUAACCUGCUAUGCAAACUAUAAUAUCUAUUUACUUCAAGUAGCAAGACUCUGCUCCUCUUGAAAUAAAUAUAUGCCUUAGUGAGGACCAGGAAUUGGUUAGUACAGGUACAUCCUGCAUACAAUAAAUUGUACCAAGGACAUUAGGAAGAGUCUGAAGAAGACAUUUUGUAUAAUUAAUUUGGUUAUAUAUUAUAUAAAAGUUGAAGAAUGGGUCACUAAGCUAAUUUUAGAAUUGAAGAUUAGAUCAAAAGCCUAAUCGGAGUCUCUGUCAAUAAAAGAUUAAGAAUCGUUGUUACAUGCUCUGUGUUUGCCACUAUUGGUUAACUUUUGGUAUGCUAGUUGUCUGUUAGCUUUCUGGAUGAGUAUCAAGUAAAUCUUAUUCUAACCCUGAUUUUAAAUGUAAUAUUAACCUUAAACCACAAAGUCCCUAAAACUAACCCUAUAUUUAAUCAUAACCCUAAAUGUUCUAACUCCUGGUGCUCUAGUGGACUACUUACCCCUAACUUUACUUAUAUUGCAGGACUUGACCAAGCAGUGCUUUUCAGGCACUAUGUCUGGUACCCAGAAGUAUCAGGUGACUCAACUGUGCAUGUCUCUUGAAUGUUGGCCUACUUAACUUUUCAUCUUUUCUGCCACCACAGGUACCUUGUCAUUGAUUUUGGUUGGAGUUACCCUGCUUUCUCUCUCUGCUGGGUUCAUUAUAACAAUGAUUAUACAGAUGAAGCCAAAGAAGAUGAACAAUAUAUUGCGUAGCAGUAAGUAAAAUCCUGUAUGUCUUUACUGCUUUCUGGAUCAUCUGGCCUAGAAUGUCAUAUUGAAAGAAUGUCAAAAAACAUGUCUUGUUUGGUAGAGAGGUAAUAGAACAUGCUCACCCCUUCUUCUUAUUGGAAUGCCUAGGGUAGCGCAUAAGCGUCCCCUGUGGUGAAACUAGGUUGAUGGCUGAAAUCAGAUAUGACAAUUGUGGAAGGUCAAGUAUCCUAUUGUCAUAUCUAAUGGAACAACAUGUCCUAAAACAAGUUAGGAUGGCAGAGGACGAAUGCUUUUCUCCUCACGUGUCCUUCAAAGACUCUUAAAGGACCACUCUAGGCACCUAGACCACUUCAACUUAAUGAAGUGGUCUGGGUGCCAGGUCCAGCUAGGGUUAACCCAUUUUUUUAAUAAACAUAGCAGUUUCGGAGAAACUGCUAUGUUUAUCAAUGGGUUAAGCCUUCCCCCUAAUCCUCUAGUGGCUGUCUCAUUGACAGCCACUAGAGGCGCUUGCGUGCUUCUCACUGUGAUUUUCACAGUGAGAGCACGCCAGCGUCCAUAGGAAAGCAUUAUGAAUGCUUUCCUAUGUGACCGGCUGAAUGCGCGCACAUCUCUUGCCGCGCGUGCGCAUUCAGCCGACGGGGCGGAUCGGAGGAGGAGAGCUCCCCGCCCAGCGCUGGAAAAAGGUAAGUUUAACCCCUUUUCCCCUUUCCAGAGCCGGGCGCGAGGGGGACCCUGAGGGUGGGGGCACGAGUAUGUUUUCCUGGCACUAUAGUGGUCCUUUAAAAAUUAAAUUUUAGAAUGAAUAAUUGUAAAUAAAUAGUUAUACUAUUAGAAUUUUAAUCCUUGUAACUUGUAGUUAGAGAGCCACUCUUUAUCUAGAAAUGCCGUAUACACCAUGUUCCUUCUAGAUGUAACAAGCACUUUUGUCGUUGUUUAUUAUCACAGGAAAGUGCAGACACCCAGUACAAGAACAAGAAAAGGAACAAAGUUCAGCCUCAGAAUCCAGCCUGGUCAAGCAAUGUUCUGAAUCUGCAUGACGAAAAAGCACCUCAACAUAUGCCAAGUGUCCAUGAGACACUUGCAUCUAUUUACUGGUAUCCAGUAAGGAUUUAUUAAGUAUCAAGGAACAUCAGGAACUGAAGAGGUUCAUUUGUAAAAACACAUUUACUAAUACAAUAUGUUAAAUUUUUAUGAACUUUGAAUUUUCCUUUUAUAUUUUUACUGUUUGUAUUUAUGUAUUUUUGAAGGACCUUGCUACUUCCACUAUCUCUUUCUUUUGCUCCUUCCGGUUGGACUUUGUUUAAUUUGCUUUGUAAAGACCUUUCGCCUUGCACCACCUCUUCAUUUUCUCUUGUGAAUUUCUGAAAGAGGCUGUAAAUUAUUUAUGUAAAUUGAUUUAUCAUUCUAGAAUGCUAUUAAAAUGUCACACAGG